ACACUACUAUUUUUAAUAUUGUCGUCAUAAUGUAGACGUAUUGCGAAAUCAAUGGGUUUUGUUUGCUUUCUGAGUACGUGUGCAAAUAUAUAUAUAUAUAAGAAGUAGUCUUGUUGGUAUGAAAGAUUUACUCUUAAGCGCAGGUAAUCACAGUCUACAUAUGUGUAUUUACUAAAUUCAUAUUUUUGAAAACUUUACACUAAUUUACUUAUUUUUCUAAUGAUUGAACAGUUGGUAAAGAAGAAGGCUUUUAAAGCUACAGAACAGCAGAAGGUUUAAAGAACAAAAAAUAGCUAUAAGAAGAUAAACUGAAUGCUUGAUAUACGUUUCGAUUAUAAUAAAUACAUGAAUUCUGAUGAAUUCUGGAAAAUGAUCUUUAUUGAAGCAGACAGUGAUCAUAAUGGGAGGAUUAGUUUUAAUGAAUUUAAAAGAUAUAUGGAUAAGUACAGUUAUGCACUGGGAAAGAAAGAAGUGGAAAGAGCAUUUAAAUUUUGUGAUUUAGACAAAAGUGGCUACAUUGAAUAUAAUGAGUUUAAGAAAUAUAUGAGAUGUGAACUAUGAAAUAACGUGUACCAUAUUGGAUAUGACUAUAUUUUUCCCAAUCGGAAUUUUCUGAUUCUUCAGAUUUUUUUCUUAUGUAUUUUUUCAGUUUUUGUAAAAUAAACAGAUAAAUUUCUGA